AAUGUAUUUUUAAAAAUGUUGAAACUCACGGCUGUGGUAUCGCUCAUGCUCGUUGCGAUUUGGUCACACGCUGAUUCUAAACGCAUUAAGAAGGAGGCCACACCUUCUGCUGAUUUCGACCCAGGGAGCACACUAUGGGCGGCCAGUCUCUCCUGCGACUCGUGUGGCAGCGAAUGCGCUGCGGCCUGCGGCACUCGACACUUCAGAUCCUGCUGCUUCAACUAUUUGAGGAGAAAACGAGGCGAUGAAUCUAUAAGGUUCUGGCCCCAGCCUCUACACAUCACAGACCGCAAUUUAGAACCACAUCAUAGACCUAUAUUCGUCAUCAGUGAUAUCCCAGAGCCCUGGCCGAAUGUCGUCGAAGAUUAUAAACCUCAUCCCUUAGAGGACACGGCUGAAAAUCGCUUACAAAUCUUGUAUGAUGCUUAGAAUGUUACAAAGGCUGCAAUACUAUAGACCCGUUGUCAAUUUUUUGUAAAAAA